GGAGGAAGGCGACUUUCACGGAGGCAGAUGCAGUUUCAGGCGCCGCUGACUAGCUGAUGGGUCGGAGCUGCCCUGAGGGUCAGUACUGGGAUGGCUUGGUCACAGACUGUGUGGGGUGUCAGACGGUCUGCCAGCAGCCACACAAACACGUCCGAUGCAACAAAUUCUGCCUGUCUGCGGAGUGCAAGGCGAUGCCCGGCCACUACUACGACAACCUGCUGAGGAAGUGCAUGAGGUGCGCCGACAUUUGUGGCGGACAUCCGGCAGAAUGCGCCCCCCACUGUCAGAGUGAGUACUGCUGCUCACAGAAAAUUCCCCGCAAGCCCACCUUGGCUGCUGUUCAAAAACCUGCGAUUGAAGCGGUGUCACCGGCUCCGACCAGCAGAGGGCGCCCUGUGCUGACCGCCCCGCCGCACCCCACCAUCCUGCUCUACUCCCUGCUGGCUCUGUGCAUGGUGCUGCUGCUGUCGGCCCUGUGUGUGGCCCUGGCCGUCUGCUGGAGGAGAGCCAGGGUCAAGACCUCCAGACAAGGACCCAGGGCGACUGACCCAGGCCGGGGAGCCAGGGAGGCUGGAGAGCCUGGGCAGAGCCCCACAGAUAGACUAAUGGACUCGAGCAUCCUCCGUCGCACCGAGCCGAAUGAUGACUCCACCCCCACUGAGACCUGCGUGUGUGUCCACUGUUUCCCAGACCCGAGAGCCCCAAACCAGGCUGACGAGAGGCCGCUGGGACUCCCUUUCUCCUUCUACCAGCAGGCUGUCCUCCAGCAGACCAAGCCCUCAGAAGAAACCCCUCUGUGGGCUCAGGAGGGCCAGCACAACCCUGGGCUGAACGUCCAGCGGGAGAAGGAGGCCGCCGUGGGAUGAGGACAGUCUGCUCUUCCCCCGUCAGCCCAGUUUCUGAGCGGAACGGCCCAACGGUCACUGGAAGACGGUGGACGUUUUCACAUCUUAACCCAAGCAGCUCAAUCCUGCCCCACAGAGGCAAAACACUGCACAUGUUCAAACUGUGAAACUGAGAAAAAUGGUCUCCAAAGAGGCCGAAAUAAUCCACGGCUUUGGUCAAACUACCGGUGAUUGGUAGUUGUUACAUCAGCCGACCUCAUCUUCUUCAAAAGUGUUGCUUUGUUGUUUGCUUUUUUUUUUUUUGGCUUGAAACAGAGGCGUGUAUGGAUGUGUGUGUGUGUGUGUCUGGACAGGAUGAAGUAUGAGUGCUACUUAUUCCUACUGAGAGCUUAAUUGAUAAAGACUGUGAGAUACAGCUGGUUUGACUGCAACUGGAAAAACAUCCAAGUUGGUUUGCACAGAAGCAUCUUCUGAACGACAGAAUGUAACAUGAUGGACAGUUUUAUCAAAGGCAUCUGGACUUUGCAUCUGGACUGACGUUGAGUCUGUGGUCAACUGCCCCCCCACCUGAGUUACGGUUACACAGUUACUUUGCUUUACGUAAGGAUGCCUUGGAAAAUGAUAAUUAAGAGGUUACGAACAGGCAGGCACUUCUACUUGAUGUACCCUUAUUUACUUUACUACCUACUCAUGUGUAUGGCUUCAGGUUUGCGCAUAA